GGCUCCGGGGCCCGGCCCGUCCCCCGGGGCCAUGCUGGGGCCCAGUCCGGGCCCGUCUCCCGGUUCCGCACACAGUAUGAUGGGACCCAGCCCCGGGCCCCCCUCCGCAGGGCACCCGCUGCCGCCCCAGGGCCCGGGGGGCUACGCUCAGGACAACAUGCACCAGAUGCACAAGCCCAUGGAUUCCAUGCACGAGAAGGGCCUCGCCGACGAUCCCCGCUACGGCCAGAUGAAAGGAAUGGGAAUGCGGCCCGGCGGGCACGCGGGAAUGGGGCCGCCUCCGAGCCCCAUGGAUCAGCACUCUCAAGGGUACCCCUCUCCGCUCGGCGGCUCCGAGCACGCGUCGAGCCCGGUCCCGGCGAACGGUCCGUCCUCCGGCCCGGCCAUGUCCUCCGGUCCCGGCGGCGUCCCGCUGGACGGCACCGACCCGCAAGCGUUGGGGCAGCAGAACCGGGGGCCGACCCCGUUUAACCAGAACCAGCUGCACCAGCUCCGAGCGCAGAUCAUGGCCUACAAGAUGCUUGCCCGGGGCCAGCCGCUUCCCGAUCACCUCCAAAUGGCCGUGCAGGGAAAAAGGCCCAUGCCUGGAAUGCAGCAGCAAAUGCCGACACUACCUCCACCCUCCGUGUCCGGGACAGGACCGGUGCAAGGACCAGUGCAAGGGCCUGGACCAGGACCAACACCUCCCAACUACAACAGACCUCAUGGUAUAGGAGGGCCUAACAUCCGUCCAAGGUUUAAUGCCUUCGUGUGGCUCGGGAUGCUGCAGGGUUUGUUUGCUGCCGAGUUUAUGGCGUGCCAGAUGGGUGGUGGCUUGGGAAGGCUUGGGAAGUCGGGCUUUGCGCGCACGGAAUCGCUUUCCCGUUUCAAAGCGCCGCAGGAAAACGCGGGGAUUUUUUGUGAGGAAAAGGAGAGAAAUGGGUUUUGUUUUCCGCCAGGACCAAUGGCGAAUGCUGCAGCCCCCACGAGCACACCUCAGAAGCUGAUUCCUCCCCAGCCCACGGGCCGGCCCUCGCCGGCGCCUCCGGCCGUGCCGCCGGCCGCCUCUCCGGUGAUGCCGCCGCAGACGCAGUCGCCGGGGCAGCCGGCCCAGCCGGCCCACCUGGUGCAGCUGCACCAGAAGCAGAACCGCAUCACGCCCAUCCAGAAACCGAGGGGCCUCGACCCGGUGGAAAUCCUGCAGGAGAGGGAGUACAGACUGCAGGCGCGUAUUGCUCACCGAAUCCAAGAGCUCGAGAACCUUCCUGGGUCCCUGGCUGGGGACCUGAGAACCAAAGCUACCAUUGAACUUAAAGCACUGAGGCUGCUCAACUUCCAGAGACAGCUGCGUCAGGAGGUCGUGGUGUGCAUGAGGCGAGACACAGCCUUGGAAACAGCCCUGAACGCCAAGGCCUACAAGCGCAGCAAGCGGCAGUCCCUGCGCGAGGCCCGGAUCACCGAGAAGCUGGAGAAGCAGCAGAAGAUCGAGCAGGAGCGGAAGCGCAGGCAGAAGCACCAGGAAUACCUCAACAGCAUCCUGCAGCAUGCCAAGGAUUUCAAGGAAUACCACCGCUCCGUCACAGGCAAAAUCCAGAAGCUCACGAAGGCCGUGGCCACUUACCACGCCAACACGGAGCGCGAGCAGAAGAAGGAGAAUGAGAGGAUCGAGAAGGAGCGCAUGCGGCGCUUGAUGGCUGAGGAUGAGGAAGGCUACCGCAAGCUGAUUGACCAGAAGAAGGACAAGCGCUUGGCCUACCUGCUGCAGCAGACGGACGAGUACGUCGCCAACCUCACCGAGCUCGUGCGGCAGCACAAGGCCGCGCAGGUGGCCAAGGAGAAAAAGAAGAAAAAGAAAAAGAAGAAGGCAGAGAAUGCGGAGGGGCAGACUCCUGCGAUCGGACCAGAUGGCGAACCUCUGGAUGAGACGAGCCAGAUGAGCGACCUCCCCGUGAAGGUGAUCCACGUGGAAAGCGGCAAGAUCCUCACCGGCACGGAUGCGCCGAAGGCCGGACAGCUGGAAGCCUGGCUGGAGAUGAACCCAGGAUAUGAAGUAGCGCCAAGAUCUGACAGCGAAGAAAGUGGGUCAGAGGAAGAAGAGGAGGAGGAGGAAGAGGAACAACCGCAACCUGCUCAGCCUGCCCUGCCUGUAGAGGAGAAGAAAAAGAUCCCGGAUCCAGACAGUGACGAUGUGUCGGAAGUGGAUGCCAGGCACAUUAUUGAGAAUGCGAAGCAGGAUGUGGAUGACGAAUACGGAGUCUCCCAAGCUCUGGCAAGGGGCCUGCAGUCUUACUACGCUGUGGCCCACGCGGUCACCGAGCGGGUGGACAAGCAGUCCACGCUCAUGGUCAACGGCGUCCUCAAGCAGUACCAGAUCAAAGGUUUGGAGUGGCUUGUGUCCCUGUACAAUAACAACCUGAACGGUAUCCUGGCAGAUGAAAUGGGUCUGGGCAAAACAAUCCAGACCAUUGCUUUAAUUACAUACCUCAUGGAGCACAAACGAAUCAACGGACCCUUCCUCAUUAUAGUACCUCUCUCAACUCUGUCAAAUUGGGCAUACGAGUUUGAUAAAUGGGCUCCUUCUGUGGUGAAGGUCUCAUACAAGGGCUCUCCAGCAGCAAGACGAGCAUUCGUACCUCAGCUUCGAAGUGGAAAAUUCAAUGUCUUGCUCACUACUUACGAAUAUAUCAUCAAAGAUAAGCACAUUCUUGCCAAGAUCCGUUGGAAGUACAUGAUCGUGGACGAAGGGCACAGGAUGAAGAACCACCACUGCAAGCUCACGCAGGUCCUCAACACGCACUACGUAGCCCCGCGGCGCCUGCUGCUCACGGGGACCCCGCUGCAGAACAAGCUGCCCGAGCUGUGGGCUCUGCUCAACUUCCUCCUCCCGACCAUCUUCAAGAGCUGCAGCACCUUUGAGCAGUGGUUUAACGCCCCGUUUGCCAUGACGGGAGAAAAGGUGGAUCUGAACGAAGAAGAAACAAUUCUGAUAAUUCGGCGUUUACACAAAGUGCUGCGGCCCUUCCUGCUCAGGAGGCUGAAGAAGGAGGUCGAAGCGCAGCUACCUGAGAAGGUGGAGUACGUGAUCAAGUGCGACAUGUCGGCCUUGCAGAGGGUGCUCUACAGACACAUGCAGGCCAAGGGGGUGCUCCUCACGGACGGAUCCGAGAAGGAUAAAAAGGGUAAAGGCGGUACAAAAACCUUAAUGAAUACGAUCAUGCAGCUGAGGAAAAUCUGCAACCAUCCCUACAUGUUCCAGCAUAUAGAGGAAUCCUUUUCCGAGCACUUGGGUUUCACUGGCGGUAUCGUGCAGGGCCUGGAUUUGUACCGAGCGUCGGGGAAGUUCGAGCUCCUGGACAGGAUUCUUCCCAAACUGCGAGCCACCAACCACAAGGUGCUGCUCUUCUGCCAGAUGACCUCCCUCAUGACCAUCAUGGAAGAUUAUUUUGCCUAUCGUGGAUUCAAAUACCUCAGGCUGGACGGUGAGCGAAUUCCCCGCGCGGGGCUGCGAAUCCCGGUGCCCUCGGAGCUCCCGGAAAUUCCAUGUGUUUCCAUUGGGAAGCUGCUGCUCUGCAUUUCCCGCUGUUCCCUUGGAGCAGCUGGCGAGGGAGAUGGAUCUGGGAAAAACAACGCAUCCUCUGCGGACACCGUCAUCAUCUUCGACAGCGACUGGAACCCGCACCAGCGCAUGGACCUGGACCGGCGGCGGGAGGAAGCGCGGAAUCCCAAGCGCAAACCGCGGCUCAUGGAGGAGGACGAGCUGCCCUCGUGGAUCAUCAAGGACGACGCCGAGGUGGAGAGGCUCACGUGCGAGGAGGAGGAGGAGAAGAUGUUCGGCCGCGGCUCCCGGCACCGCAAGGAGGUCGAUUACAGCGACUCGCUGACCGAGAAGCAGUGGCUCAAG